UUUAACUGCGUGGUGGUUAGCAGUUUGUCGAGCAUAAGAAAACUAGGCAGUAGCUUAAGUAAGUGUACAGUGACAUCAGUGCGUUCUGGAUACAAUGGAUAAAAGUAUUAGUGAGAAUGAUCAUGAUGAUAUCAACGUAAAACCUAAAUUUCUUGAUCAAGAAGCCCCUCUACUAGAUGACAAUGAUAUCGCAAAAAUAAUUGAACGUAAAACAGGUGUAUCGGGUCAAUCGGUAACAAACUGGCGUCUCGAGCCAAUCACAAGUUCUUACGGAUUCUUGGGAUCGUACUACCAACUCAUUGUCACAGUCAGCAAAAGUAAUGCUAGCAAUGGUGAAAGUAAUGAUAUUGGCGCCAAAAAUACAGAAUACUAUUUUUUUGCAAAAACUCCGCCGGCUUCGGGGCCACAACGUGAGGUUGCGUUGCAAAUAGGAAUUUUUAACAAAGAGAUUGUUAUGUAUGACGAUAUGAUACCGAGGAUUGGUAGUAAAAGAGGAUCCAAUUGGUCCCCGGAGUGCUAUUUCUGCAAACGAGACGUCAUCAUUGUGAUGGAAGACCUUAAGUAUCAGAAUUAUACAACACUCGGGAAAGAAGUGAUAUUUGAUUACGACAUUCUUUCAAGUCUCUUUGAAACUUUCGCCAAAUUUCAUUCGAGAUCCUUGAUUUUUGAAGAGCAAUUACGUGCCCAAGGUAAAACAUUACAGGAUGUUUGGCCUGAUCAGCUCAAUAAUGGACUUUUUAGUAGCCACGAAAAGUCAAGGCUGUAUCAAAAAUCAGCGCUUAUGGGAAUUUGUUGUUUGGUUAAAGCCAUUGAUAGCCUCACAGACAAUCAAAAAGACAUGAUAAUUAAUAAAAUUACCAGGUGGUCUGAAUGUUUAGUGGCAGCGUUCAAGCCAUCAUCUAAAUACCGCAACGUCAUAGCUCAUCAAGACGUUUGGACAGCCAAUGUCAUGUUUCUGAUGGAUGGUCAAGGCAAACCUCAAAAGUGCCGCCUGAUUGAUUUUCAAUUUUACGGUUAUCUCAAUCCAGCUAUGGACCUAAUGGUAUCAUUCUACAUGACCACUAAUCGUAGUACACGUGACAAUUUCUCCGAUACACUUAUUCAACACUAUUACAACUGUGUAAAACAGUGCUUAGAAAAUGAAAGCUUUGACAUAAAAAAAAUUUUACCGUGGAAUGAAUUCAGACAAUCUUGCGAAGAUGCACGACCUUGGGGAUUGAUGACCUCCUUGAUCAACUUACAGCUUACGCUUCUAGACGACCAUGUUCGUGAAAAAUACUACGUACGUUCUCCUGAGCUACUUGAAAACAUUUCGCUCGGCAGUGGACGGACUGAACUUGUCUCAAUGCAGUUUAAAACCAAUCAGUUGUACCGAGAGAGAUUCACGGAAAAUAUUUUCGAAGUUCUCGAACAAUUUUCUGACCAAGUAACGGUUUAGUUGGACGGUUAUUGCAGUACUAUAUUUGUAUGCUUGAUCACAUUUCUUCGUAGCGAUUUGAACAAAAAUUAUAGUUUUACUUUUUACCUUAAAAAAAAAAUUUUACGAUAAUUUUAAUAAAAAAUUUUUAAUUUAAAUUGAGUUCGAACAAAAAGACUAUUUAUUGCAUUGUAUGAAAAUAAUUUCAAUUGUUAUUGAAUUGAAAUCAGAUUAUUUCGACUGCUCAUUCAAAUCAAAGGAUUCCAUCCAUUCCAAUUUAACUUUAAUAUUUUUAUAUUUUACACAUCGAUAAUUUGCAGCGUUCGAGAUCAAUAAAAAACAGCAAUUAUUUUACAAGUCAAUUUUAUAUACACUUUCAAUAGAGGAAAUAAAUGCAUGGAUUUUUUUUUAUUCAAUAAAAACUGUGAAAAGUGAAAUUAACUGGUUUCAUUUUAAUAACUUUCACAUUUUAUCAGUCAUAUUACAAAUAUACUCAAACUUUAUGUCAGCAAGUUAGUUUUUAUUUAACAUG